CAAAUGUGUGCCAGUGUAUGAUUAUCGCACUUGUAUCGCCGGAGUGAACUUUAUUUUUAUUUGUUGUGUUUAUAAUAUCGGUACUUGCAAUAACUGCUGUCUCUGUGUUUUAUAAUGCCUUUUGCAUUAUUAAUUAUCAUUUAAUUGUGGUUUUGUACUGAUUUAUAUCUGUGUUUGAUAAGAGAAAAAUAUCUUGUAAUCGGAUUACAAGCGAAUUAACUUCCACUGGUGCGGUGUAUGGUGGCGGGGGCGGGCGUGGUCGCUACAUGGCGGGCGGUGCCGGGGGCGGGUCUGGGGGCUGGCGGCGCGCGGCGGCCCGCUCGCGCUGUCUGCGUGCCCUCCUGCGGGACACGGCGCGUGCGCUCAGGGACAUCACCGAUGUACUGCCCUAUGACCCGAAGAUAUCGUCGGCGGUGCAGGACAUAAGCAGCGAGUCCUCGAGGCCCACUGCGCUGGUUGUGCUGGGUACGUCGGGCAAUGCGCGGGCGCGGCUGCUGCACUGCUUGCUGGGCAGGCGGCUGCUGCCCGACCCCGUGCCCAGGGGUUGUAGAUGGCUGUGCAUCCAGUAUGGAAGCAGCACGCAGGUGCAUCUGACCCUCGGCAACUCGGAGUUCGAGCUGGUCGAGGACUUGGAGUGCAACCAGCGACCCUGGGACACGAUACCCUUGCAGGAUUUACUUCGUCAAGACAAUGCAGAUCUAGCAACAAUGCUAGAAGUGGAAAUAAACAAUCCGAUAUUAAAGGACGGUCUACGUAUCAUAGUGCCUGCAGACAUAGCAGGCGAGACCGCGGGCGAGCACUAUCUCAGCCUCAAACAAAUACAUUCAGAUCUCUACCACAAGAGGGAUUCCGUACUCAAGACUUAUGCACCGAUAUAUCUGUACGCGGUGGAUAGAACGGGACGGAACAUAUUCAGUGAUAAUAUAAGUGCGAGCAGGACAGUUGAGAGGAGUGAAGAUUUCUGGUCGACGUUCAAUCUGUACUACAUGACGCGUUGUGAGAAUGGUGAAGGUGAUAGGAACGGUGAUGAUGAAGGUGAACAUUGCGGUGGUGAAGUGAAGGUGGCCAGUGAUGAAGCGGCCGUGUUCACUGCUGAGAACUGUCUCGACCUUCACCAAAUAAAAGAACUAAAUCCAAAAGCGCAAGUGUUCUUCUUUCUAUUUUCGGACAGUGCGGACGUGGACGCAGAAGAGAACAGAAGCAAUAAAGAAGUAGAAGAAAGGUUGCAUAUCUGCGUGGAAGCAACCGAGUCCACUGAAGAUCGAUUUAAUACUGAGGAACUGCCGGAAUCUGAUCAAGUUUUGAUACAAGAUGGCGUUUUAAGACGUGAUAAAAAGUCUGCGGAGCAAAAUCAGCGGAGACAUGAGUCGCAGAUCGCCUUCAUGAAUGAACUGCUCGACCACUGGGACAUGAUAUUUGGACCACCGCCUAAAUACCACGCGAAAAGUCAGUGGGCAAUACUAGAUGACAGCGAGAUCCUGCGCACUGUCGCCGACAAACCUUCCACCUCCAAGAGCAACCACAGCGGCGACACGUUGACGAGACGGCGACGCGACGACAGCGACAGGACGAUACGGAGCCGACAGAGUCUUGUUAAUUCUGUCUUGAAGUUUGCUACUGAUUGCUCUCAGAGUUACCUGUUGGAGCAUUGUACGAGACUCAGCGAGGCGCACGUGCGACUGCUGCAGCAGCUGAUCCUGGCGUCGUUCGACCUGGCGCGCGAGCUGCAGGUCGUGCCCACCAAGAUACAGUACGUCGCCCGACAGGAGCAGCAGCUGUACGAGGUCAGUUACGUCCUGCAGCAGCUGGACCUGGCGCGCGAGCUGCAGGUCGUGCCCACCAAGAUACAGUACGUCGCCCGACAGGAGCAGCAGCUGUACGAGGUCAGUUACGUCCUGCAGCAGCUGGACCUGGCGCGCGAGCUGCAGGUCGUGCCCACCAAGAUACAGUACGUCGCCCGACAGGAGCAGCAGCUGUACGAGGUCAGUUACGUCCUGCAGCAGCUGGACCUGGCGCGCGAGCUGCAGGUCGUGCCCACCAAGAUACAGUACGUCGCCCGACAGGAGCAGCAGCUGUACGAGGUCAGUUACGUCCUGCAGCAGCUGGACCUGGCGCGCGAGCUGCAGGUCGUGCCCACCAAGAUACAGUACGUCGCCCGACAGGAGCAGCAGCUGUACGAGGUCAGUUACGUCCUGCAGCAGCUGGACCUGGCGCGCGAGCUGCAGGUCGUGCCCACCAAGAUACAGUACGUCGCCCGACAGGAGCAGCAGCUGUACGAGGUCAGUUACGUCCUGCAGCAGCUGGACCUGGCGCGCGAGCUGCAGGUCGUGCCCACCAAGAUACAGUACGUCGCCCGACAGGAGCAGCAGCUGUACGAGGUCAGUUACGUCCUGCAGCAGCUGGACCUGGCGCGCGAGCUGCAGGUCGUGCCCACCAAGAUACAGUACGUCGCCCGACAGGAGCAGCAGCUGUACGAGGUCAGUUACGUCCUGCAGCAGCUGGACCUGGCGCGCGAGCUGCAGGUCGUGCCCACCAAGAUACAGUACGUCGCCCGACAGGAGCAGCAGCUGUACGAGGUCAGUUACGUCCUGCAGCAGCUGGACCUGGCGCGCGAGCUGCAGGUCGUGCCCACCAAGAUACAGUACGUCGCCCGACAGGAGCAGCAGCUGUACGAGGUCAGUUACGUCCUGCAGCAGCUGGACCUGGCGCGCGAGCUGCAGGUCGUGCCCACCAAGAUACAGUACGUCGCCCGACAGGAGCAGCAGCUGUACGAGGUCAGUUACGUCCUGCAGCAGCUGGACCUGGCGCGCGAGCUGCAGGUCGUGCCCACCAAGAUACAGUACGUCGCCCGACAGGAGCAGCAGCUGUACGAGGUCAGUUACGUCCUGCAGCAGCUGGACCUGGCGCGCGAGCUGCAGGUCGUGCCCACCAAGAUACAGUACGUCGCCCGACAGGAGCAGCAGCUGUACGAGGUCAGUUACGUCCUGCAGCAGCUGGACCUGGCGCGCGAGCUGCAGGUCGUGCCCACCAAGAUACAGUACGUCGCCCGACAGGAGCAGCAGCUGUACGAGGUCAGUUACGUCCUGCAGCAGCUGGACCUGGCGCGCGAGCUGCAGGUCGUGCCCACCAAGAUACAGUACGUCGCCCGACAGGAGCAGCAGCUGUACGAGGUCAGUUACGUCCUGCAGCAGCUGGACCUGGCGCGCGAGCUGCAGGUCGUGCCCACCAAGAUACAGUACGUCGCCCGACAGGAGCAGCAGCUGUACGAGGUGAUUAGCGAGAAGUUCAGCGGCGGCGAGAAGCAGCAGCAGCUGGUGCAGCUGAUGCAGGAGGUGCUGCAGGACAUGCAGGCCGAGGUCGACGACAUGGACUGGAGCGUCGACGAUUUACCAUGCCACCAGGACAAGCGUUACGUCAUCUCCAACUCAAUCUUCUACUCCUCCAAAAGCAGUCCUACAGUUUCAAUACUCAGUACCCCCCAGCGGCCGCACCGAGACUCGAACCCUGACCUUCCUGAGCCUGGCUCUCCAUCAGAUGUGGAGGAGGCGGUCUCCUACGACAGUUACAACUUUGAAGACUACGAGAUCAUACAGUCCAAUGACGAGAGUCUCAUGUACAGUGACACAUAUAGCAGACCUAAGAGUCAAGAGGAAUCAACGUCUCUGGUGUCACAAAUCGGCAUGAUCCGAGUGGAGAAUGAGUUGGAGGUGUUCUCUCUCUCCGGCACCGGCCGGGGCUGGAACAAUACUGUGGAUACCAACAUCUCCAACAUCACCAGCAUCACCAGCGCCACCACGUGCACCAACAACGCCAAUAUAUCUAUCAAGCAAGCAUCUCUAGACGUCCAACAAACUGUUCUUUCAAAACUAAGUCGCAAGAUCAGCUGCAAGUUGGUCACAUUCGUGGAUUGUUUGAAGGAUUCAUACUUCGGUACAUUGCAGAGAUGUGUGCAGUGUCUGGAGGCGUCGUGCCGCGCGGAGCUGGGCGGGCGGCCGGCCAGCGAGGCGGUGCGCCAGCUGCUGGCCGUGGCCAGAGACGUGGACCUGCAGCCCGCAGCCUCCUUCUCCCUGCUCGCCUCCCUCGCACACUCGCUGCGGAGGUUCUUCUACAAGUACGUAACAAGUGGUGGGGAGGAGGCGUGCUGCGUGCUGAGCCCGGCGUGGCGGCGGCGAGCUGCGCGGCACACGGCGCGCUCGCUCUCCCCGCACAGGCUCGCUCGCAUCAUCUCCACACAGAUCCUGGAGAGGCUGAGUGCGGCUCACGAGCGGUACCAGGCGGCGCUGGGGGCGCUGCAGAGCGCGCUGGCGGGCCGCCUGCACCACACCGAGGACGUGAAGCUCGCCAUCAGGAAGAAGUACGCGCCGGCGCUGGCGAGGCUGUGUCUGGAGAGCACGUCGAUGUGCGACCUGCUGAUGCACGGCAUGCCCGACCUCGGCAGGGAGAUCGGUAGGGGGCAGUACGGUGUGGUGUACGCAGCACGAGGCGGGUGGGGGGGACACACUCCUGUGGCAGUCAAGUCUGUGCUGCCGGCAGACGAGCGACAUUACCACGAGCUCGCCAUGGAGUUCUUCUACACCAGGAGUAUCCCGGAGCACCCGCGCGUGGUGCGGCUGCUGGGGUCGCUGGUGGUGCGAGGGGGCGUGUCCGGGGGCGUGUCCGGGGGCGUGUCCGGGGGCGUGUCGGGGGGCGUGUCCGGGGGCGGGGCGGGGGUGCUGCUGGUGUCAGCGCGGUACUCCCGCGACCUGCACGCCGCAGUACAAACAGGACUCACAUUCCCCACACGGAUGAGGAUAGCUUGUGAUAUUGUUGACGGCAUCAGAUACCUGCACUCUCUGGGGCUGGUGCACCGCGACAUCAAGAUGAAGAACGUGUUGCUGGACAGCAGCGCGCGCGCCGCUCUCUCAGACCUGGGGUUCUGUGCGGCGGAGGCGCUCAUCUCCGGCUCUGUGGUGGGCACUCCCGUGCACAUGGCGCCGGAGCUGCUCGACGGGGAAUAUGACGCCGCUGUAGAUGUCUAUGCCUUCGGGAUACUCUUCUGGUAUGUAUGUGCGGGCAAAAUCAAGCUGCCGGCCGCAUUCGAGGACUUCCAGAACAAGGAGCAGCUCUGGAGCAAAGUGAAGCGAGGUUUACGUCCAGAAAGGUUGCCUCACUUUACAGACGAGUGUUGGGAGGUGAUGGAGUCUUGUUGGACCUCAGAGCCCUCACAGAGGGCCCUGCUGGGCGACGUCCGCAACAAGCUGGAGGUCAUCCUCGAGCAGGCCCUCAGGGACGAGGCCCUCAGUACCGAGGCCCUUAAGGACCAAGGCCCCAGGGACCGAGGGGAGAUCAAAGACAACAGACGUAAAGACUACGACUCAGAUGAUAGUCUUUAUAUGACCGGACUGCAGAAGAACGAUAAAUUAUAAGCUUUAUGUCGUUGGAAUAAGGAUCUUUUUUGAUUGAUACGAAAAGUGAAUAAUCGUUAUGGAAAUCAGAAGCAAGAAUACGAUGUACUUUUAAAAAUGAACUUUAUGGCUUAAACAAUAA